CUUGAUUCCACGAGUUAUUCUCUUUUUAUCCUGAUAUUUCGACAGCUGGUGAUGGAGAUCAGCUUAUUUAUUUCUAUAUUGCCAGAUGCAUAGCAUGCUGAGUGCAUGCUGAUGAGUCAAGCCAUGGCUCAUUUCCAAAGCGGAUCUUCAUCGCCGCGGUGAAUCACAGACAGGGCACAACAGCCCUUUGCUACAAUCGCCGUGGAAACUGGGGGCGAUGCGAUAUGCCAGGUUAAGAGUCUGAUUAUUUUAAUUUUUAUAUAGAUUCGUGAUACAUCAUUUUCAUUGCUCUGCAUUUCUUGCAGAAAACAACCAACCUACAUAUUCGCAGCCUCGUCCGAAAUGCUCUCCGAUCUGCCGUCGGAGAUCAUUUAUCAAAUCGCAGUUUAUUUGCCAACUGCGAAUGCUUUAGCUUCUCUCGCGCAAACCUGUCACCGUCUCCACGAUAUAAUCACUGCCGAAGAUUCAAGAAUUUUUCGCGCUUUUGUAAAAAGCAGAUUUCCUUCGAUCAAGACACCCCCGUACUGGAAGGAUGCUGCUCAAGCUCUUACCUGUCGCUCUCGAGCUUUGGACAGAAAUGCAGUGAUUGGUCGGUUUGUUGUUCCCCCGCAAAAUGCCAUCAAAGUGGGCUCCCACCAGGCGGUUAGGAAUGACAAUCCUACGCAUGGCUAUCGCCCUGCGAUAGACUCGUAUGAGGUCUGGAAUGGCGACAGGUGGGCCGAUAGAAAAGAAGUGCUUGUCUGGGGCGCUGCGGAUGAACUUGCGGUACGCAUCAAGCAGGGUGGAACCCACGAAGGUCAGAAAUGGCUUGUUUUCAACGACUUGAACCAUAUCAGUAGCUAUGAUGAUAUCUGUGGGGUACAUCUUCUCAAACCAGAGCAUCCUAGCAAAGAGGAAGACAAAGAACAUCUGAUCUUUGGCAGAGUCCGCGGCGAACUCCUCCACCUCGCAAUCUCUCCUGACACGGCUGGCCAUGAAUAUAAACAGCGGUUUAUGACAUACGGGCUGGUUCUCGAGCGUAUUGAACUCAGCAACGUUCCAGAGCCUAUUUUAGCUGCUCAUUUUCUCAACGGAUCGAUUGCGUUAUAUCAUACAACGACAGGGGAGGCCGAAGUUGAGCCGUUCGCCCAGCUUCAGAAUGCUUCGGACGGAGCGUCAAGGAUUAGAUACUCCAAGUUUCUAUCCCCUUCUCGGAUUGCCAUUGGCACGGGGCGUCUCGAAAAUUCACUGUCUAUCUUUGCGAUUACCCCAGAGCAGGUUUCGGUGUACCGCGAAAUUGGCGUGGAUUCUUUAGACUUUGAAGAGCAUAUUGGUACCACUGGGAAGACUAAUAUAAGCGCGAUUACGCCUCUCAAUUCAGAUUUUAGGAAUGCGCCAGGCGACGUCUUUCUCGCUGCUUGGGGUGAUCGUGCGGUGAGACUCCACGAUCUUCGCUCGCCAGAGCCAUAUGAAUACACAUACAGAGAUACGACCGAUCACAACCCAAUUUACAGUAUCCACCCAUUUAGUCACGACCGCUUUCUAGUGGGAGCAGGUGGAGAUGCCGUUCUCAAGAUAUUUGACCUUCGCAUGCCAAACACAUACAGCUACCUUGACGCAAAUGGGCCUGCUGUCGUUCAUCACGCUUCAACCAAUCCGCCGCACUCAAUCAAAGCUUCUACUGCUGACCUGAACGGCUUCCCCACCACCGUUGGCUUUCCCCGUAAAGACUUCUCGAUCUUUUUAUCCCACCUACCCCCGGGCAUGGCCCAACCCAGCCGAAGUCGUGGUCGCGGUAAUCGCUCCUACAGAGGCGCAAUCUACACCAUGUCUUCUCCGUCCCCAUCCUCCCCAACCGUCUACACCGGGGUCGAAAACGGCAUCUUCCGCCUUGACUUUGCCUCUACCGAUGACUUGCAUGGCUCCUCCCGUCGAUGGUACCAGGACUAUCUUUCUUGCGACCCAACCAUGUCUCAAGCAGCUGCAGCCCCCGACAGGAUCGUCGAAUUAUCAGGCUACGAGCGCCCCGAGCCGGAGGAUCUCACCACUACUUCGAAACUUCGUAUUCAGCAGCCAUUCAGAGCGAUUGAGCAGCAAGAUGUUUGGAAUGAAGUGGUCACUGGUUGGGAUCGUAGGUGGGUUAAACUUGGUGCGGAGGCUGCUUGGAGACGCAGGGACUAAUGGAUUAUCGCUGUUGAAAAUUAUUUCCCUGGAUUUUCCUUUUCGAAACGGUUUCGUGAUGGCAUUUUCGGUUCUAUGCAUUAGUUUUGAUGUGAAUUAUAUUUUGUCCAAUCAUCUUGGCGAUGUCGAGGUUUGCUUUUAAGCUUUGUUUGGGCACUUUCCAAUAUUGCACUCUGUGGAGUAUAGCUAGGGCUAGUCAUGCGCAUGUCAUAUAGAAGUAGAUAAAAAACAUCAAAAUAAUUCGAGUUACUUGAGAAUCGCGUUCUCAGAAACAAUCACA